CGACCUCACUUCCGUCUUGCCAGGCUUUUUUCUGCCGGCAUUUUCUUUUUGUUUUCCCUAUUCAGAAUUUAGCUGUUAGAGUCGUCUAAUGUUAUAUUGAAUACCCUAAGUUUUUUGUAGUAUUAUUUAUUUGUUUGUAAUAAGUCUGUUUACAUUAGUAGCUUGCGACAAAAUGCCCGGAUUCUCAGACAGAGAUCGUGGUAGAGACAGAGGGUAUGGUGGAGGACCCCCUCGCUUUGGUGGUGGCGGAGGAGGCAACAGGGGUGGACCUCCCCCAGGAAAAUUUGGUAACCCCGGUGAGAGGCUGCGAAAGAAACACUGGAACCUCAAUGAACUCCCAAAGUUUCAAAAGAACUUCUACCAGGAGCAUCCAGAUGUCACUCAUCGGUCUAUCCAAGAGGUUGAACAGUACCGCAGAAGCAAAGAAGUUACAGUUAAGGGCAGAGAUUGUCCCAAACCAAUUAUAAAGUUCCACGAAGCUGCAUUCCCAAGCUAUGUCAUGGACAUUAUUGUCAAACAGAACUGGACUGAACCAACUCCAAUUCAGUCUCAGGGAUGGCCAGUCGCCCUUGGUGGCAAAGACAUGGUUGGAAUUGCUCAAACAGGGUCUGGAAAAACCCUUGCAUAUCUUCUGCCUGCAAUUGUGCACAUUCAACAUCAACCAUUCUUGGAGCAUGGAGAUGGACCUAUUUGCUUGGUGCUGGCGCCAACCCGCGAACUUGCCCAACAAGUGCAACAAGUGGCUGCUGAGUACGGGAGGGCCUCCUGUCUCAAGAACACGUGCAUCUAUGGCGGUGCACCCAAGGGACCUCAGAUUAGGGAUCUUGAGAGAGGAGUUGAGAUUUGCAUUGCUACUCCUGGUCGUCUGAUUGACUUCCUGGAGUGUGGUAAAACAAAUUUGCGACGUUGCACUUACCUGGUCCUUGAUGAAGCUGAUCGCAUGCUGGACAUGGGAUUUGAGCCUCAGAUCCGCAAGAUUGUGGAACAGAUUCGGCCAGAUCGUCAGACACUGAUGUGGAGCGCUACGUGGCCAAAGGAAGUUCGCCAGCUGGCUGAGGACUUCCUGAAGGAUUACAUUCAGAUCAACAUUGGAGCACUGCAGCUCAGUGCCAAUCACAACAUCCUGCAGAUUGUUGAUGUUUGCAGUGACAUGGAAAAGGAAGACAAACUGGUCAGACUGCUGGAGGAGAUAAUGAGUGAAAAGGAGAACAAGACUAUUAUUUUUGUGGAGACCAAAAGGCGCUGUGACGAGCUCACCCGCAGGAUGAGAAGAGAUGGGUGGCCAGCAAUGGGAAUUCACGGAGACAAGAGCCAGCAGGAGAGGGACUGGGUCCUUAAUGAAUUCCGAUACGGCAAAGCUCCGAUCCUCAUUGCUACCGAUGUGGCCUCCCGUGGAUUAGAUGUGGAGGAUGUGAAAUUUGUCAUCAAUUAUGACUACCCUAACUCAUCUGAGGAUUAUAUCCACCGCAUUGGACGCACAGCCCGCAGUCAAAACACGGGCACAGCCUACACCUUCUUCACCCCCAACAACAUGAAACAAGCCAGUGACCUGAUCUCUGUGCUCCGCGAGGCCAACCAGGCCAUUAACCCAAAGUUGAUCCAGAUGUCAGAAGACAGAGGAGGUCGUGGAAGGGGAGGAAGAGGCGGCUACAAGGAUGAUCGUCGGGAUAGGUAUUCUGGGGGUGGAAGGAGUAAUAACUACGGAGGUAGUGGCUACAGAGACAGGGACAGUGAUAGAGGGUUUGGCAAUGGGCCCAGGAGUGCCUUUGGUGGCAAUAAAGCCCAAAAUGGUGGAAACUAUGGCGGCAACGUUGGUAAUUCGGGUGGUGGCUACAGCAACAAUUAUAACAGCAACAGUCAAGGUAAAUUUGGCGGACCAGCAAAGCAAAUGGGUGGCUUUGGUAACCAAAACUUCCAGGGCCCCCCUCAGUUUGGGUCCAUGCAAAGGCCUGCUCAAAAUGGUAUGAAUCACCCACCAUUCCCCUUCACCCCUCAGCCACCACCAACACCCCAGUCCCAACAGCCCCCACCACCAAUGGUGCCCUACCCCAUGCCACCACCCUACCCACAGUAGAUAUCGUGUACGCACAUAAUAUGGAACCAACGUACUUUUUGUUUAGUCUUGAAAUCCUGCAGUCUGUUUAAUAUUAUCCGUUGUACUGUUUCACUUCAUUUUGCUUGCUACAGGGUUGAACUUAUUCAGUAAAACCAAUUAGAUCCUCUGUAGUGCAACUAUAAUUGCUGCACUUUUCCUUCAAUUUUUUUUUUUUUCUUUUUACAUUCCUGAGUAACUUAUUUUACUAGGUAAUGUGUUUUUGAGUUUGUGAUAUGUCUAAAGUGAUGAGAUCAUAUAAAGGGUGCGUGUGGCCCUUUUAAAUAAAUAAAAGUGGUAA